AUGGCGAAGAGCAAACACGCCACCAAGCAAAAGCGUGAGCCGACGCCCGCCGACUCGGCGUCGGACAGCGACUACUCGUCCGACUCGACGAUCGAGGACGAGGACGGCGCCGAGCUCACGCCCGCCAUGGACGCUGCCAUCCUGCGCACCCUCGCCAAGAUCCGUAACAAGGACGGCGUCUACUCUGGCGAGAACAUUAUUCAGACCGAGCUCGCCGCCGCCCAGGCCAAGGCCAAGAAGCUGGGUCUCCCGGCACGCACCGCCAGCCGCACCGCCACGGCCAAGCCCUUCCUCCUCAAGGACCAGCACCGUGUCAACGUCCUCGAGGGCGUCCAGUCCGACUCGGAGGAUGACAACUACGACUACUACAACGAGCCCGUGACCGUUGUCGAGGCUGAGCGCCGCGCGCGUGCCAACGCCCUCAAGGCGUUUGGCGACUUUGCCGGCGGCGACAAGGACGGCAGCGACGACGACUCGGACGACGAGUUCCUCGCCAAGCGCGAGCACGGCGCCGACGAGGCCGCCGCCGAGGGCGAGGCGUACCGUAACUUUUUGCUCGAGAUGGGUGGCGGCGAGGAGGAGGUGCGCCGUGCCCUCGGCAUGGCCGAUGCCGAGCCCACCGACUUCCGCGAGAGCUUGAGCGACGAGGACGACGCCACCGUCGUGGUCAAGGAGGAGAAGAAGAGCAAGAAGAGCAAGAAGACCAAGGAGGUCAGCGAGGAGGACAAGGCUGCCGCAAAGGUCGCCCGCCAAAAGAAGCGUGUCCAGGCCGACGAGGACUUCCUCAUGGACUACAUUCUGAACCGCGGCUGGAUCGACCAGGAGUCCAGCGCUGUGCCCACAUACGACCAGAUUGUCGGCCGCCCCGUCGAGGACAAGGAGUCGGACGACGAGGCCGAGGCCGAGGCCGGAGACGAGCCAUGGGGCGCCAUCGACGACGAGGACGACUUUGAUGAAAAGGCCGAGGCCUUUGAGACCGAGUACAAUUUCCGUUUCGAGGAGCCUGGAUCGUCGACCAUUCUCACCCACCCUCGUGAGAUCCCUUCGCUUGUCCGUCGCGAGGACGACACGCGCAAGAACAAGCGAGAAGCACGUGCCGAGCGCAAGGCCGCCGAGAAGGCUGCCCAGGAGGAGGAGACCCGUCGCCUCAAGGGCGCCAAGCGCCGCGAGAUUGAGAAGCAGCUCGCAGCGCUCAAGGAGGAGCUCGGCGACGGCGUCGACUGGGAGCAGAUGGAGAAGAUUAUGGACGGCGACUUUGACGAGGACGAGUGGGAGAGGGUCGUUGGUUCCAUGCUGGCCGCCAAGGCCGAGGAGGACGACGAAAAGCCCGAGUGGGACGACGACGACCUGGGCGACUAUGGAGAGGAGGAUGGCGAGGAGUACCCCGAGGACGACGGCUGGGUCGAGCCUACACCCUGGGAGGACGCCGAGGGCGAGUUUGCCGACGACGACGCCCCAAUCGACAUGGAUGCCGACUUUAUCGGCCUCGAGGACGUGCCCAAGAAGAGCAAAAAGGACAAGAAGAAGGACAAGAAGCGCCGUGACGCCGAGGCUGCCGUUGCCGAGGACGACGCCAAGCUGUCUGUCACCGAGCGUGCCGCCAAGGUCAAGGCUGCGGCUGGCGAGCUCCAGGCCCUCCACGGCGAGGACCAGAUCGGUGACCUGCGCACCCGCUUCAAGUACACAAAGUCGGCUCCCGUGUCCUUUGGCCUCUCUGCCGCCGAGAUCCUCAUGGCUACCGAUGCCGAGCUGAACGGCAUUGUCGGCGUCAAGAUGCUCGCACCAUACCGCCGUGGUGGUCUCGGUAUCGCUGGCCGCGGCCUCGGCAAGCGUAUUCGCGACUUUAAGGGCCGCGUCGCAGACCGCAAGUGGGGCGACGAGUUGCCCGUCGAGGACAAGAAGAAGCCCAGGAACAAGGCCAACAAGGCCAAGGGUCUCGGUGCCAACGCUAUUCCUCUCGGCGAGGGCGUCAAGGGCAAGCGUAUGGGCAAGAACGAGCGCGAGAAGCUCAAGGCCCGCGCAGAGGAGGCUGGUGGCGACGCGGCGCCAGCUGCUGCGCCCGAGAAGAAGAGGAGGCGCGACGACGACGACACUGCCGCUCCUGCCGCCGAGUCGUCCCAGCACGAUGGAGACGGCGAAGGCAAGAAGAAGAGGAGGAAGAAGAAGGCGGUGAAGACUGAGGGCGUCGCAUAG